AUGGUCCACGUGCGCGCGGCGCGCAUUCUAUUGCUAUCGGCGCUGGCUGUUGCGCUCGUCGCUCGGGCACAGGCCUCUGCAGUAGGGGCAGAGAGAGAGCGAAUCGAGCGAAAGCUCUUGCUUGGCCUUGACACGGACGUCGACCUGGACCCCGUUACGCGCGACACGCCCGUGGAGGAGCCCUUAGAAGAAGUAACCGAGUCGAAAAGAACGACGCCGGAAGCCACUCCAUCGUCGUCGAAUCCGUCACCGGAGAGAGAGGAGUCAGCCGAGAAGAAGGAGCCGCCGUCUUCGACGACAGAUGGUCCGCAGUCGGUCGUGGCUCCCGUCAUCGACCAAUUGCCGCCGACACCAACAUUGGAUCCGCUGCCGUUGCCACCAGCGGUCACCAACCUGGUAUCGCCGCCAUCGCCAUCGCCACCAAAAGAAGAACAAUCUGGUUCGGACAUGCCGCCAUCAGCUUCGCCAUCGUUGCUACCUCCCGCGAUCAACCUGGUAUCGCCGCCAUCGCCACCAGAAGAAGAAACUUUCAGUCCUGAUGGGCCGCCAUCGGCUUUGCCAUCUGUGCUACCUCCCGUGGCCAACGUGUUAUUGCCGCCAUCGCCACCAAAAGAAGAACAAUCUGGUUCGGACAUGCCGCCAUCGGCUCCGCCAUCGUUGCUACCUCCCGCGAUCAACCUGGUAUCGCCGCCAUCGCCACCAGAAGAAGAAACUAGCAGUUCUGAUGGGCCGCCAUCGGCUUCGCCAUCGUUGCUACCUCCCGCGAUCAACCUGGUAUCGCCGCCAUCGCCACCAGAAGAAGAAACUAGCAGUCCUGAUGGGCCGCCAUCGGCUUCGCCAUCGUUGCUACCUCCCGCGAUCAACCUGGUAUCGCCGCCAUCGCCACCAGAAGAAGAAACUAGCAGUCCUGAUGGGCCGUCAUCGGCUCCGCCACCGGCUUUGCCAUCUGUGCUACCUCCCGUGGCCAACCUGUUAUUGCCGCCAUCGCCACCAAAAGAAGAACAAUCUGGUUCGGACAUGCCGCCAUCGGCUUCGCCAUCGUUGCUACCUCCCGCGAUCAACCUGGUAUCGCCGCCAUCGCCACCAGAAGAAGAAACUAGCAGUCCUGAUGGGCCGCCAUCGGCUCCGCCACCGGCUUUGCCAUCUGUGCUACCUCCCGUGGCCAACCUGUUAUUGCCGCCAUCGCCACCAAAAGAAGAACAAUCUGGUUCGGACAUGCCGCCAUCGGCUUCGCCAUCGUUGCUACCUCCCGCGAUCAACCUGGUAUCGCCGCCAUCGCCACCAGAAGAAGAAACUAGCAGUUCUGAUGGGCCGUCAUCGGCUCCGCCACCGGCUUUGCCAUCUGUGCUACCUCCCGUGGCCAACCUGUUAUUGCCGCCAUCGCCACCAAAAGAAGAACAAUCUGGUUCGGACAUGCCGCCAUCGGCUUCGCCAUCGUUGCUACCUCCCGCGAUCAACCUGGUAUCGCCGCCAUCGCCACCAGAAGAAGAAACUUUCAGUUCUGAUGGGCCGUCAUCGGCUCCGCCACCGGCUUUGCCAUCGUUGCUACCUCCCGAUAAAAACCGGAUCCCCCUGGCCACCAGAAGAAAAACUAGGUUCUGA